CUUUCACUCUCCUGGCCAGUAGUGUCCUGGCCAUGGCUUCCCCAGCCGAGAAAUAUGCUAGAGAAAGUGGUCUCUGCAUCGGGGGUAAUUGCGCGGUGGGUGGUUCGCCUCAGCCUUGCGUUGAGGGAAGCUGCGAGGGUCACGAUGGCUCCAGUUGCCGCAAGUCUGAUAUAGUCAUCUGCCCUGGAGGCAACUAAGUUGUGCUUAUGAACAACUGGGCGUAGCAAGUGCUGGAGGAGCUGUCAGCUUG